AGAAUUAAUUUUUGAUUAGAGAAAAUAGAACCUAAAAACCUCAUCUUCAAUAUUUUUGCAGCUUGUGCAAAGCUUGUUUAUCAUGGAAAACUACUCUCUACCUCAGGGCUCCCUCUUUCUGGGUUUGGAUUGUUCUACUCAGUCCUUGAAAGCCACUAUUUUGGAUUCCAACCUUGUAAUUGUUGCUACAGAAUUUGUUCACUUUGAUUCAGAAUUACCCCAUUACAAAACCAAAGAUGGAGUAUAUCGCGACCCUGUGAUUAAUGGCCGAAUUGUUUCCCCUACUAUGAUGUGGGUCGAAGCUCUUGAUUUGAUGCUUGAAAAAUUAUCAAAAAAAGUUGAUUUUGCGAAGAUUGCUUCAAUUUCUGGGAGUGCACAACAACAUGGUAGUGUAUAUUGGAAAAUUGGGAGCUCCAUGGUAUUGUCAUCUCUUGAUCCCGGAAAGAGGUUAAAAGAUCAACUUAGUCAGUCAUUUCCCUUGGAAGAGUCACCCAUUUGGAUGGACUGCAGCACAACAGAACAAUGCAGGAAGAUUGAGGAGGCUGUUGGGGGUGCAUCGGAAUUAUAUCGUCUCACUGGGUCUCGUGCCCAUGAAAGAUAUGUGGGCCCACAAGUUCGAAAGAUAUAUGAGACUAGACCUGAAGUAUACCAUAAUACAGAGAGGGUGUCCCUUAUUAGCUCUUUUAUGGGAUCUCUUUUUAUUGGAGCUUAUGCUUGCAUUGACGAAACUGAUGGCGCAGGGAUGAACUUGAUGGAUAUAAAGAAACGAGAGUGGUCAAAUUUGGCUUUAAAUGCAACAGCACCGUCUUUGGAAGAGAAGCUCGGGAAGCUAGCUCCAGCAUUCGCUGUUUCCGGUAUCAUUUCCCCAUAUUUUGUUGAGAGAUUUAACUUCAACAAGAACUGUUUGGUUAUUCAAUGGUCAGGAGAUAAUCCAAACAGCCUUGCAGGUCUGGCACUAAAUGCUGGUGAUCUCGCCAUAAGUCUUGGCACAAGUGACACAGUAUUUGGAUUGAUUGAUGAUCCUGAACCUUGCUUAGAAAGCCAUGUUUUCCCUAAUCCUGUAGAUACAAAUGGCUAUAUGGUGAUGCUAGUCUAUAAGAAUGGGUCUCUGACUCGGGAAGAUAUCCGCAACUGCUAUGCAGAGGAAUCUUGGGAAGUUUUCAACAAUUAUCUGCAACAAACACCACCUCUUAAUGAAGGGAAGUUGGGUUUUUACUACAAGGAGCACGAAAUUCUUCCUCCUCUACCUGCUGGUUUCCACAGAUACGCUCUCGAAAAUUUCAGGGGUGAAAGUAUGGAUGGUGUAACUGUACAGGAGGUCCAAGAGUUUGAUGCUCCUUUCGAGGUCCGAGCACUAAUAGAGGGGCAGCUCCUAUCAAUGCGAGCACAUGCUGAAAGAGUGGGGAUGGUGAUUCCACCUAAACGACUAAUAGCCACGGGAGGCGCAUCAUCAAAUGAGUGCAUUCUCAAUGCUAUUGCAUCUGUAUUUGGAUGUGAUGUACAUACUGUCCCGAGGCCAGAUUCGGCGUCUCUAGGAGCUGCGUUAAGAGCUGCGCAUGGUUGGACGUGCCAUGAAACAUCAAGUUUUGUUCCUGUUCGGUUCUUGUAUGAAGACAAGUUGGAGAAGACAUCUCUUAGCUCGAAGAUUUCUGUGAAUGCCGGAAACCCAGCAUUGUCAUCAAAAUAUGCAAUGCUGAUGAGGAAAAGAUUAGAAAUUGAAGAUCACCUUGUCAAACAGUUUGGACGUGUAUCAACUUAACAUUAAGGAUCCAAUAUAGUGGAUUUAUAAUUAGUAAACAUUAGGCUGUAUGUAAGAUGAAAUUUGAGUAUUUGACGUUCUGAUUAUUUGAAGUAAA